AUGGCCGGCACCGGGAGCUCCUCGAGCCACAAGAAGAAGUUUGAGCCGGAGGCAGCGGAUGCAGCGAGGGUGGCAAAGGUCAAGCGGAAGCAGGACCGCAUCGUCCGACGCUUGAAGAGCGACAUCGGCAUCUCCUCUUCCUCCGAUGAUGACGGCUGCGACAAUGACCCGCCUCCUAUUGUGGACACUUACAUCAGCGUCGACGACCGAAAGGGCGAAGGGCCGGCGAGGAAGUGUACAAGCCGAAGCAACGUCUUCGACCCCUUCGCGGACCUCUGGGCGGACCCCUUCGACACCUUCCGCUCCAUCGUCCCGGCGAUCUCAGGCAACAACAACGAGACAGCUACGUUCGCCAAUGCUCGCGUGGACUGGAAGGAGAUCCCUGAGGCGCACGUCUUCAAGGCCGACCUCCCCGGCGUGAGGAAGGAGGAGGUCAAGGUGGAGGUGGAGGACGGCAACGUGCUCGUCGUCAGCGGCGAGCGCACGAAGGAGAAGGAGGACAAGAACGACAAGUGGCAUCGUGUGGAGCGUAGCAGCGGCAAGUUCGUGAGGCGCUUCCGGCUGCCAGAGGACGCCAAGGUGGAGGAGGUGAAGGCCGGGCUGGAGAACGGUGUGCUCACUGUCACCGUGCCCAAGGCCGAGGUGAAGAAGCCUGAGGUGAAGGCCAUCGAGAUCUCCGGCUGAGCAUUGGAGCCAGUUUGGUUGAUGUGUGUGCGAG